CACACACAACCGCUCCAGCCGAAGCUCCUAGCCGCCAGCAACGCCAUGCGUUCUUCGGCAACCCUCCUGCACCGCAGCAUGGCCGUCACAGCCGGCCCCGGCGAACCAUCUUCGUCGCCUUCCUCGCUGCCGCCGCCUCAUCCGGAGCAGCAGCAGACGGGGCCAGUGACGCCGGUCGACUCGGACAUGGCUAUCAUCUUGGCGUCUCUGCUCUGCGCUCUCGUCUGCGUCCUCGGCCUCGCCCUUGUCUCCCGAUGCGCAUGCCGACGCCGACGCUCCAGCUCCACUUCCUCCUCCAAGGGCCUCAAGAAGAAGGCCAUCGACGCGCUCCGCAGGGUCUCCUUCGCCGCGGCCGGCGCACAGUCAUCAUCAUCAUCAGUGGCGGCAUGCUCGUCGCCGUUGGAGUGCGCGAUAUGCCUCGCGGAGUUCACCGACGGAGAGAGUGUGCGCGUGCUCCCGCACUGCGGCCACAACUUCCACGUGGCCUGCGUCGACGCCUGGCUCCGCACGUGCGCCACAUGCCCCUCCUGCCGCACCCCCAUCGUCGCCACACCAGCUCAGCAGCUGGUGGCGCCAACGAUGGUUGUGGUGGUGGUUGCGGAAAACAACAGGUGCGGGAGGUGCUGCGAGGUGGCAGCGCCGGCUGGUGGUAGCGAAUUGGUUUAA